UUCUGACCAUAGACGUCACUUCCGGAAACGAUCACUUCCGUGUUGUUUGUUAGUCAGGAACACCUGAAAUAUUUUCAGUGAUUUGACAACAGGUCUUAGAUUUGGGCUGCAUCCAGUGAGCAAUAUCAUUUCAUAGCUGCAUAAGCUGACACAGAUACUACAUUCACAAUGUCGAAGAUGGACGAAACCCUUUUCCAGCUCAGGUUUACUGCCAAGCAGCUGGACAGGUUGGCCAAGAAGUCAGAAAAAGAAGAAAAGCAGCAGAAAGCCAAAGUGAAGAAGGCCCUGCAGCAGAAGAAUGUGGAUGUAGCUAAGAUUUAUGCUGAGAAUGCCAUCAGGAAGCACAACGAAGGCCUGAACUACCUGCGGAUGUCGGCCAGGGUGGAUGGAGUGGCUUCCAGAGUACAGUCAGCUGUGGCAAUGAAGCAGGUUACCAAGGACAUGGGCCAUGUAACCAAGGCACUGGACAAGGCCAUGGGAUCCAUGGAUCUGCAGAAGGUAAGCCAGGUGAUGGAGAAGUUUGAAAAGCAGUUUGAAGACCUGGAUGUCCACACACAGACCCUGGAGAGUUCUAUGGGUACUGCUACUACACUGACAACCCCUCAGGACCAGGUCGAUGACCUCAUCAAGCAGGUGGCGGAGGAGAGUGGCCUGGAGGUCAUGAGUCAGCUGGAGGGGCUGGGGCCUGCUCAGGAGACCAUCGGAGCCAGCAGCUCAAAGACACAGACCCAGGAGGACCAGCUGUCCAGAAGGUUGCAGGCACUCCGGAACUAGAUCAAGUCAGUCGGUGUUGAAGAUACCAGCAUUUUUUAAAAGCUGAGAUUACUUGUAUAAAAUGAUAGCCUGGGGAUACAGUUAUAGUCAGUGGUAUGUACAGUUUGUCAUGUUACACAUGAUGCAAGCAAUAGCACAGAUAAAAUGCCCCCUAUACAAUGUAACUCCUGGAUAUAUGACUUUGCAAGGUACUAGUACAUUGUAUUAUAUAUCUGUGUACAGGUAGAUAAGGCAAUUACUCUACAGGUACAUGUAUAUUAAAGUAGAAACUCGAAGUACAUACACCCAGAAUUAAUUGGAAACUUUUUGUGCAUUGUAAAGGAUGUUUUGAAUAUUGCUUUAAUAUAGAAAAAAAAUCAGCAGCCAGAAAUGAGAAUUAUUCUGAACAGACCAAGGAACAAAUGUCAUAUACAUCCUCUUGUCAUGAUUGUUUUUGUAAAAUAGGUUUCAUAUAUAAAAUCAUAUUUACAUUGCUUGGUAUAUUUAAUGGUGUGGCUUGUUAAUUAUUUUUCAGGGGUCUUACGUUUGUGUGCUAUGGGAAUAAGUAUACUUCUUGACUUCUUAUUUGUCUUUCAAAAUAUACAUGUUUAACAGUAAGGAAUGACACAGAGGGGUUGUUUCUCCUUUUUAAAUUGUUUGGAUUACCACAGUAGCUGAAGGGAUGGAUGGUAUGAGGACCUGUUCUAUUAUACUGUGCACACCUGUUCAACCUUAACUCAAACUUAUCAGUACCAACUAAGGCAGUUUGAGUUACCCAAAACUUACACACAUUAUUCACUUAUGAUCUGUAAGCUUUACGAAUCAUAGAAAUUAGAUAUCAAAUGAAAACAGUCAUAAUUGUACGCAUAUGUUUGGACUACAAAUAAAGAAAAGGUUUUAAACUU